CGACAAGACACGAAAUGAGUCCAAGUUAACAAAACGCUUCGGAACUCGGUAAAUAGGAGGAGCAAAUAAGGAAGAGAUCGGUGAUUGCAUCAAAGGAAAGAAGCAUGAAAGGCAAAAGCGGAAGAAGUAAUUGGAGCUUGAGAUCGAAGCUAGGUUUGCCCGCACUAAUCUUCGUUUUAUGCCUUUUUUGUUUCCUCGCCGGAUUCUUCGGUUCUACUCUUCUCUCUCAGGAUGUAGAUGACGAUAGGCCGAGGGCGAGGUUGCUUCAAUCGGCAAGCGAUGUUACGGAGUUUGAUUUGAUGUCUUCGGGAGAAAACGGCGACGAUUCCAUUUCUUCGAUUCCUUUUCAGGUUUUGAGCUGGCGACCUCGCGCACUUUAUUUCCCCAAGUUUGCAACUGCGGAGCAAUGUCAGAGUAUAGUUAAUUUGGCGAAACCGAAGCUUAGGCCGUCUACAUUGGCUCUACGUAAGGGAGAAACCGCAGAGAGCACGAAAGGAGUCCGAACAAGUUCUGGAGUGUUCUUUAGUGCUUCAGAAGAUGAAAGUGGGACUCUGGGUGUAAUUGAGGAAAAAAUUGCAAGGGCAACUAUGAUUCCAAGGACGCAUGGAGAGGCAUAUAAUAUUUUGCGUUAUGAGAUUGGGCAGAAGUAUAAUUCUCAUUAUGAUGCGUUCAAGCCUUCUGAAUAUGGGCCACAGAAGAGCCAGAGGGUGGCUUCUUUCUUGUUGUACUUGACUGAUGUUGAAGAAGGUGGAGAAACCAUGUUUCCAUUUGAGAAUGGCUUGAACAUGGAUGGAACCUAUAAUUUCCAAACAUGUAUUGGUUUGAAAGUGAAGCCACGUCAAGGUGAUGGACUUCUGUUUUAUUCGGUUUUCCCAAAUGGUACAAUUGAUCCGACAUCACUUCAUGGAAGCUGCCCUGUGAUCAAAGGGCAGAAAUGGGUGGCGACCAAGUGGAUCAGAGAUCAAAUGCAGGAGGACUUUUUAUACUAAAUGCAAUUCAUAAGCCGUCUGAUAUGGAUGCUUUCCCCACCGUUUCAAUGCAUACACACUGCCAGCCGAAGUGAACAAACCAAUGGCAGCAAAUGCUAAUAUCACUGAAUUUUCGAUGCGCCGGUAAUAGCCUCCCUACAGUAAUAAGACACAAAUAUCAUCUCUGCAGUUUCUUAUUUUACGGAAUGAAAGGUCAUAAUGGACCUUGAACCAAACAUAUCAAAUCUAAUAACAUGUAAUCUGGAUUUCUCUGGUAAUUUGUUUUUUUAUUUUUUCCAUUAGGGUUAGUAUAACAUGUACGCAUUUUGAAAUUGAUAAAAUAGACCCUCUUCAUCUUGA